AUGAGCUUCUUCCGCGUUUCCGUGCUUGUUCUGCUCUUGUUGAGCUUGUCCCACUUCCUAAAACCCGUGCUAGCAAGGUCUGCCGGGUGGAUUGACGCAUCCAAGGGAAGCAUUGACCCCAGAGCUGUUGAUGUUUACGCACAGCAAUUGCAAGGAGGCAUGCCAUGCGUUCCAUAUGCUUAUGGAGAAGAGGACCCCAUAUUUGUUGAGGACAUCAACUGUGACCCGGCCGAUGAUGCUUCAAUAUUUAAAAUUGGAACGGGUCCGACGCCAUCAUUGAAUGAAAAAGACAACAUCUCUCAGCUGCUUUUUCAGCGACGACGACUUCUCGGUUCAAGUUCAUGCUGUUGA